AUGGCCUCAUCACUCAUCAAGCUUCUCCAGCGCAAGCGGUACCAGUACGAGGUUACAUUCUCGCUGUACAUGCUGACGCCCACAGAGAAGAUCAUAUUUAACUCGUUCCUCUUUAUCUUCCUCUCGAUGCUUAUCCUCGCUGCAUCACUAUACCUUCCUCAUCACGUCCACACCAUCGCCUCAAGGGCUUGGUUCUACUAUGCCGGUGACGAGGAUAUGCUCGCUACACAACAAGGAACGGCCCAUUCAGAGCUAUGA